ACCACCAGUAGAAGAAGAUGAAGAUCCGGACUGGUUGUGGCAGCAAUGCUCAUUAACUGAGGAAGCUAGUUUAUUUAUUUUUAAAUAGUUUUUUUUUUUUUUUUUUCCUGCAGCGUGAGGUGAGAAAGAAGAGAGGUGGACCUCACGUUCAGGUGACACCAUGCUCCUGGAGCCUGCAGCAGCUGCAGAUCAACGCGUUUGACCGUGAAACCACCGUCACUGUGGCCGCCAUGGGAACGACGAUGAGUGAGCCGUGUAUCUACGACAAGCUGUCCGAGAGCAUCGACAUCCUCCGCCAGUCGGGCUACCGCUAUGGCAUGUCGGAGAGAGAGAUAGAGAGGUUCAUCAAGCAGGUCCUGGAGACCAACGAGCCCAGGAGAGAGCCUCCCCAGUUCCCCAUCCUGAGGGCCACCAUAAAGUUUGUGGUGGCAGUGGGCUUCCUGCUGGUGGCGGUGCUGGCCUUCACAUACCCCCAGAGUGCCCCUCAGCUGGGUCUGGUCAACCUGGGCUGUUACAACUGGUCGUCGCCCCUCAGCCACGUCCGUCUGCUGUCCCUGCCCAUCGCCAAGAAGUACAACCUACAAGGUUUCCAUGAAUGGUGGAGUGCUGGCUCUCUCCGACAGAAUCUGGUCAACUGUUCGGGCUGUGCAGAGAUCUCUUCAGUGCUUGAAGUCCCAGAGAGCCUCAGAGGGACCGUGACUCUGCGACGGGGGCCACAGCUCGUCCUGCUGAAGGUCAGAGGUCAACACAGACAGAGUUGGCCUCUUGAUAGGCCUUCCCAUGGUGGGGAGUCCCUCAGUAUCCAGCGGCAGCAGCUUGAGGAGCUCUACUUGGCCCAUUCAGGCUCUAUGUCCAUUCUGCUGGAGGAGGACGACGGUCAGCAGAACCACAACCUCGGCCUCCCGCAAGGACCCGCUAACUUCACUCUGCUCUGGAGGUUCAGCUCGGGGACCAGGGAGAAGGUGUUGAGGUGGCUCUUCCCGAAGGCUGAGCUCUGCCCCCUGCUGGACAGUGCCGGGACCAUCGUGCAGCGCUGCCUGGUCACCCACAGCACAAACUCCCAGAGCAAGGGUGUUGGGGUGUUUGGCUGGCUGGUGGUGGGCGAGGGGUUACCAACAGUUCGAGUUCUUCCUGUUCAACGCUGUCAGAAACACUGCAGCUCCUUCAACCUGUGGCUGACACCUGGAGACAUGGUGUACGCUGACCCUCGAUACUGGCAGAUGGAGCUGUUCCCCGGCCGAGGCCAGAACAUCAUCUGUGACGGAUCGGCCUUUUAACCUUCAGGUGGAGCGAAGUGGAGGAGGACAGUUCAGGACUGUGGCGUGACAGAUGGGCUGUGAAUGUCUGACUUCCUGCUGAGGCGGCGCUCGUCUGCCUUCGCGUGGCCCCGCCCACUGAUGCCUUAUAACCCUACGGUCUUUUUUCCGACGCCCCACCCGUCUGAUAAUCCUCCCAUUGUCCUCAGAGAACUGGAAACCAUUGCACACAUGACUUUAAGGGUCAAGGUUGGAGGAUUUAAAAGUGGCUUUUUGACUUUGUCCUGGUGUAUAACAGCGGAGCAUCAUCGGCCUUUAGACUCUCUGCAGCUCUCAGAUGUUUUGGAUGUGCUGUGCUCGUGCCAUAGCUUCAAGCAGAUGUCUAGCAAUGAAAUCACUGGGUGUGUUUCUCUUUCAGAAGGUAGUGAAACACUGUCGAGUACAUUGCCGCUAUCUGAAUCGCGGCCCACAUCUACGAUUUGUUCAGGAUUUUAAAAAGUAGGUGUUUUGAUACCUUUUUCCUGGGUUACUAGUCAAUCAGGGGUUUGUAGGCGGGAUUAAGAAUGUCUGCAGGUUGAUGUAAGUCAAAUUAGAAGAAUAACAAGUCUAAAAAUCACUACAUUUAUUCAGUCAACUUUUAAGUAAACUGCUCCUAGAAACCGCAGCUUCUGUGUUGACUGAAAAUGAUGUUGACUGGACGGAUCAAUCCCUGCUGAUUGUUUAGAACAAAAUAAAACCCCCCUGCUAAGAAUGAAAAGAAACAAAGUGAUUACAUAAUGCUUAUUCUGCAGUGCACUAAUGACUUCGGUGUCAGUAGUUGUUGGACAUUCGCUACCUCCUGAAGUUGUGAGACACACCUGCAGCUUCACCUUCUGCUCCUCAUCCGUUUUGUCUUAAAGGGCCUUUUCACCGAAAGUUACACAAACAGCUUUCUUAGUUAUCUGUGAUGUUAUCUAGAACAAGCAGUUCUCCUUUGAACUGAACUGCAAUAUUCUGACAUAUAUUGUGAUUAUUUUCUUUAAAAGAAGUUUUAUUUAUGUAGCCACAAAUCACAAUUUGCCUGAAGAGGCUUUACAAUCUGUGCAGUGUACGACACUGUCGAUUUGGAUAAGAGAAAACACAAUAAAUGAACAGGUAAAUAGGAAAAAAGCUGCAUAUAUAAUAAAUUAUAUGCUGCUCGUUGAUGUUUUCUACAGAUAAAUCACCAAUUCAUCUCACAUUUGACACAUUUAAUGGCCACCUGAUAAUUUACAAAAAUUAUUGUGACAUUCAAAAGAAAGUGGCAGAGAAUGUGUUUUUUUUAUUUUGGUGAACUGACCCUUUAACAACCACUAACAUACAGCCUCAUCAUUCAUCCUUCAUGUCUUUUAUCAGGAUCAGCUUCAGAUAUAUAUUUUUAAAUUGUGACUUUACUAAUUCAACAGACAAAGUUGCUUCUUUAAUUUCAGUGUCGUUAUUUAUUGUUAUGAUUGUAUGUGUAUAUAUAUGUUCAAGCCAUUCAUUUUAAUAAUAACGUGUUGUAAUAUUAUUAUGCUGUGAUCAGUUGUGGGUAUUAGUGCAGAGAGCAGACAGCAACAUCACAGUGACGUAGUAGAGCAAAUAUUUUGUGCAUAAUCAGCGUUUCAAUGGGUCGUUCAAAAGUCUGAAUAAUAUUAAAUCAGUUUGCCAAAGUUAAUGCCUGUCAAAUCCGAGUUUCUGUGUUUAACAGAUGCUCCGCCUCGUUUUGUUUUCUCAUUAAAAAAAAAAACUUCUCAUUUCUAAACAUCACCCGAUGCGAGUGCUUGAACAGAGUUAGGGAGUGAAUCGUUUAAAAUGUUCGCUUCGUAUAGAAAUGUCAUAGUUUUUAUGAGAAAAUUAAAGCUUGUCAUGUAUUUGCUUC